GGGGGUGGGCUGCGAGCCGCGCGCUCUCGCCUGGGGAGGGAGUCACAGGUUCGGCGCACGCGAGUGCUGGGCGCGCGGAGCCGGCACGCGGGCGAAAGUCCUCGGAGGCGCGGCGGACGGUGUCGAGACACAGGCGCUGCUGCAGGAGCAGCGGUCCGCACCCGCCGCAGUGUCCGCCGCCGUCAGCGGCCCCCGCGCCUGCGGUGUCCCGGCUCACUGACGGAGCCCCCCACCCCUCGUCCGUUCCAGUAGUGCGCGCAAUGGCCCCGCGCAAGAACGCCAAGGGCGGCGGCGGCAACAGCAGCAGCAGCAGCAGCGGCGGCAGCAGCGGCUCUGGCAGCGGCUACCCGGGCGCGGGCACCAGCGGCGGCAGCAGCAGCCCCGGGGCCCGGAGAGAGACAAAGCAUGGAGGACACAAAAAUGGGAGGAAAGGAGGACUUUCUGGAAGUUCAUUUUUCACAUGGUUUAUGGUCAUUGCAUUGCUGGGAGUCUGGACAUCAGUAGCGGUCGUCUGGUUUGAUCUUGUUGAUUAUGAGGAAGUUUUAGCCAAAGCAAAGGACUUCCGUUAUAACUUAUCGGAGGUACUUCAAGGAAAACUAGGAAUCUAUGAUGCUGAUGGUGAUGGAGACUUUGAUGUGGAUGAUGCCAAAGUUUUACUAGGCCUGACCAAAGAUGGCAGUAAUGAAAAUAUUGAUUCUCUUGAGGAAGUCCUUAAUAUUUUAGCAGAGGAAAGUUCAGAUUGGUUUUAUGGUUUCCUCUCAUUUCUCUAUGAUAUAAUGACUCCCUUUGAAAUGCUAGAAGAAGAAGAAGAAGAAAGCGAAUCCGCAGAUGGUGGUGAUGGUACGUCACAGAACGAAGGGGUUCAGGGCAAGACUUGUGUCAUUUUGGAUUUACAUAACCAGUAACUUUGAUUCAGGGACUGAAGUCAUUGGCUUAUGAAAACCCGAAGCAGUGUCCUGUUUCUUUCUUUCCUUUGCUCACCCAGGGCUUCACGAGCAGUGGGGCAGCUGUGAUCAAACAGUACAAGGCAACCAUGUGAUCUCUCUCCCCAGUCCAGCUCCUAGCUAGUCCCUUGCUCGGCUCCCCCACUUCUAGUGAAGAAGGGGGCACUCCUCAUUCUUGUAGUAGUCUGCAAAGUGCAUUGAGAAUGAUGUUCUUGGUGGUAUAAUUGGUUUCUGUAUCGUUUUGUUUCAACUUAUGUAUUCACUGAACUAAAUUUAGAAACUUCAUGGCAGAUUGUUUUGUGAUUAACCCUUGAUGCUUGUCUUUCUAACACACUAUUAAUUGAGAUGAUUAUGGUGGACUUGAUUAUAAAAAUGUUUCCAGCAUGAUUCGUAAAUUAAAUGAUUCUCUGUUGAUCUUUAACAUGACUGGUGUGUAAAGUGAUGGUUCUUUAACACGCUGAUAUUUUUUAAUUGUAAUUUGUUUAGGUUAACUUAUUUGUCAGAUAGGUUAGACAAAUUUCGGUGUAAAAUUCUGUAUUAAUGGUGCUUUUAAAAUGAUUUGAAAAUAACCCCAUGUUUUUGCCUUAGGGUAGUGAAAUUACUGUAUUCAAGUAGUAGUAGGUCUGAAUAUUUCUGUAUGAAAGCAAAAUUUAUUUUUAAUUUUAUUUCCAAAUAUACAUCCAGAGAAAGUAUUUGUAUUUUUUUUAAGCAGGCAUAGUACACAAGAGGGAAAAUGUGAAUAUGUAUCUUAAAUAAUGCUGUACAUAUUAAAAUUAUUCAUCCUAAAUAAGUCUUUUUCCAUUUUUUUCCUGUAUUUCCUUAUUAAGUGGCUAUCACCUUUGGCUUAGGUAGAAUUUGAUUUUUAGAUUUAUAAAUUUUUAAAUUUACUGUAGUGGUAAUUCUUUUCAGGAGAAUACAUUUUUUUUUUUUUUUUUGCCAUUAGAAGACCUUAAAAAACAUUUUUGAAUCAGUUCAUUUAAGAUGAGUUUGCUUCAUUAACAGCAAGAGGAAUUGUAUUAGCUGUAUAUAACAUGCAUUCAUAAAAUGAGAUUUCAUGUAUUUCCUUAAGGCUUUAAAGCCAUUAGGACCUCCGGUUUCUGUUACCCUUUUAGGGAGCGCUGUUUCGUGUUUUUAAAUCUCUUUGAGCUUCUAUGAAACUUAACUUGGCUGUGAUUCCUCAUAGAGCUUAAAAUUCGAAUAUGUUUCUAUUUUUGAACAUUUUAUUUGUUUAUAGUAAAUUCUCCUUUUCAAAUAUUCAUUCCUUAUGUUUUCAUAUAUAACCAAAUUGCUUUCAGUAAGUGGAGAUGUCACCCAUUUUUUUCAGAGGGGAACGUGACAAAUUUAGUGUCUCUGUUGGAAAGCAGGAUCCUAGGCUAUUCAGCUAUUUUUAAGUAUGUAUCGGAACUCAGCCAUAGCCAGAAAGUUAAAAGCAUCAAAUCAGAACGCAGGAAACUGCCCCCUUUACUCACCGCUUACGUGUCAGAAGAAACUGUGCAAGUUGCUUAUCUUGAGCAUUAUUUUAAAGCUGCUUUUGCAUAUGGCUGCACACGUUGUGCAUGGGGCAGUGAUUUCUUAAAGCUCACGUGGCUAGUAAAACUCUAGCUCGCCUUUCCCUAAUUAUUCGGGGAAUAUGUUUCAUUCUGUUCAUGUUUCUGACAGUGAAAAGCUUCUGAUUUUGAAAUGUUAAUAUCCUGGAACACAUAAGUAUGAUUUUAAUAAUGUUCUUUUUGAAAGUUGAUGCAGUCUUUGUCCAUAUUGAUUGUGUCUUCCACUUUGAGUUGGAGUACUGUGAAAUAUCAGCUUUCAUUAGGUUUAAAUUGAAAACGAUCUUGGACCUCACUCUCAAUGAAAUUCAUGUAGCCAAGUGUCUGAGAUGUAUUUUUUAAAGCAGUCUUAUUUUUCCGUGCUUCAUGACUACUAACUCUAGAAGAAAUGUGAUCAGUUCAAGAAGUAAAUGAAUUAAAUUUGUGUGUUAAAAUGUUUGCAGUCAUUAAUUUCUUAUCAGGCUCUUUGUUUUGUCAUGAUAAUGAUACUAAUGCAUGUUUUAUGUACAGAAAUUAAUUAUGCUGUAUUUUUGUAAGUGAAAAACAAGGAUGUGAGGAGAUAAUUUUCUAUUUAUCUAGUACCCCCUGUAGUCAGCCUUGUUGCAAGGUCUCUGAUGAAGGUGAAACCUAGGGAGCUGGUGGACCCCUGACUUCUGUGACUUCCUUCAACUUGUGGCUAAGGCUUGUUUUGGUGAGAAAAAAUGAAGUUGUUUGCAACAGUAGCAUAGAGUAUUUUGAAGCUGAUCAAAGUACUUCGCUUAAAUUUUAUUUAUUAUAUACGUUAGAAUUUUUAAUUUCUCUAAGGGCGUAUUGUGUAAUUUUCUGUUUCAUAGUGUAAAUAUUUUCCUAGCUUUAUGUCCUUUAAGCUACUAAAAAGGCACAAUUGUAUUCUGUACCUUAGAAUAUUUGUUUGUGUUUAUGGAAUUUUGAGUUGUGUCACAUUUACUUUGCAGAAUUUUCUAACUUCAAAUGCGCAGAGGCCCUUGGCAGCGUGAACUCUGCGUACAGCUGUAGUGUUGUCCGCUCGGAGCUGGCCCGCUUGUUUCCUUAGACGCACUGCCGUGGGUCCAGUUGGGUUUUCGGAAGUUUGGCUCAAAAACGGGAAGUGGCCCUCUGGAGAUUUCUCUUCUGCACUGUAGCUUCUUUCAGCCCGGAUUUUCUCUGGGGUGCAAGCGGUGGGGUGUCAGUCAGGUGGAGAACCGUCUUCUGGGUGCCAGUCCUAUUGAACCCCGAGGCCUCGCCACCAGCUUGCUGCCUGGGAGAAUCGCCUGGACGCCUCGGGCGUAAUGGAAUGCUGGGUGAUCCUGCCUUUCAUCCUGUACUCAAUUCUUUUCUUCUAGGAAUUACCUGCCUGUCUCAUAGAGCUGUAUCCAGACAUGUAAGAGAACUUUUCUGUUUGAAUUCUGGCUUGUUUUUAUUUACAGUUAGCUAGACUGAAUAAAAUGUUUUCUGUGUACCCUGAUAAAGCUUGGGAGAAUUCUCAAAAUAACUGUAGGCCUAGGUAGUCUCUCUUAAUUUGAUCGAUCUCUUGGUAGAUACACCUUUUGGUGAUUGAUAUCAUCAUCUUUUCUAAAUAAGAUGCUGGUCUAUAAGUAGUUUUCUGUGAUUUGGGCUGUGGAAUUUUCUUUGAUUGCAGUGCAUAUUUGGAGCAUUUUCAUGAAAUUCACCGACUCAAUUUAUCACAAGUUGAUGGACAGAAUUGUGUGCCAGAUUCUCUGCUUCUGAUAUUUGUUGAUAUUUGUAUCACCGAGAAAUACAUGGGAGUAGAUAUUAACUAGACUGUGAGGUCCUUGUAUUUAGGAAACAGGUCUUAGGCUCCGUUUGAAUCCCUCUUCAAAGCUGAGCCCAACAUAGGAUAUUUAUUAAAUAUUUGCGGGGGUUAUUAGUCUUGAUGAAUGAUAACCUCAGAAGUUACCCAUUGUUUAAUAAAACACUGAGAGUUUUUUUUUUAAACCAACUUAAAUAAGUGAAAAAAUUAUUGGACAUUUUUUUUUUCAAGAGAAACGACAUUUUGAAUUUUCAUAUGGGAAACUGACCUGCGCUAACUGACGUCUUCUGGUGAGCUUUCCAGUGUUUCUUAUGUUCGUAUUUGAGUCUGCUUCCUCAUGCAAACUUCCGGUCUCUGGAUGCAGUCCCUUCCUAAACUUUUGAGUCAUUGCAUUCUCUUAUGUUCUAAUCCUGCCUUCCCCAUUUACCAUAGGGCAUUGGAAGGUUUGUAGCUUCCAGGCAAAAAUGCCUGUGAUAAUAUUGUUAUACCAUCUAUUUAAAAAUAAAAAGGGAAUUGUUGUAGUGCACUGGCAUGCGUUUUAGCCAAACUAGACAUCCAUUCUAGAGCAACAGUCUGCCUAGAGCAGAGAACCGUUACUUAGGCAUUUGGGGCCUUUUUUAAAAAUUUAAUUUAAUUUAAUUUAAUUUAAUUUAAUUUAAUUUAAUUUUUUGCCAUCUGUGGUCAGCGUUGAAAUAAAUUGUGAUGUUUCAGUUUGGGAAGGAGGAAGAUGAGAAACUGAAGCUCAAGGUGACUCACAGAUCUCACCAGGGACUGUGGGAGUGACAGAAGUGACCAAAGUACAGAGUGAUACCCAGCCAAGCAAGUCUAUGGCCAGCUCCCUGAAAACCUGUAGUUGCUACUUGGAUUUCUGUAAUGGAGCCAGUCUUCUAAAAUUAUGUCUGUUGCAUGUGGUGGAACCACAGGUCCAACCAUUGGCUUAAUGAUUCAGCAUUUUAAUUUGAUACAGAACAUUUCAUCUUGAAAAUGUGUGUGGGAUAAUGGCUCUGAGGCAGUUGCCAAAGUAACAUUAAUUACUUUUAGGCAACUCAUGUUUUAAGGGCAGAACAUAAGACUUGUCCUUUUUAAUUUCUGUUAAAAACUUCUCAAAAAGUUAACAGAGCUAUUAACAGUAAUCACCUUAAAAACCAUCAGAAUAACCAUACAGCCAAAGGAAGUAAAGAACAUGGUGAUUACUUAUUCUUGCCAUUCUCUUUGGCCGCAACCACUUCCUGAUGCUUUUUUGAUGACUGCCUUCAGUUGAAAUGUAUUCUGUCAACAAAAACAACUUUCAUCCCAAUGAGUUACAGAAUACCAAAAUACUUCCUUUUCAGGCUCUGAUUGAUAAAAUUUUCUAUAUACUACAUGCAAACUAUUUUUAAGGAGUUAUAUUGUCAUGAAUUUUAUUGUUUGAUAAAUUUGCUCCCUGCCCCUUUUUGCCCCUGGGUAUUGACUAUGGUAGUGGAGAGAGAAGAAAAGAAAAAUAGGGCAUGCUUGCUGAUUUUUGACAGUAAAAGAAGUCCACAUCAACCAUAGGUACAAAUUUAAUUCUGUCUAUAAUUAGGAAUUAUAUAAAAUUAUAUAAAAGCAAGGUCUUACAUACUUGCCCUGAGUUUUUCUCUGGGGCCACUUCUCUAGUGUCCCCGAAGUUCUUUUUUUGUUUUUUUUGUUUUGUUUUGUUUUUAAUUUUUCUCGAUAUGCUGCCACCAGUCCUGGAUCACCACUAACUCCUUCCUCACCACUGGGCGUCACAUCAUUUGUGGAAAGAGAUCUAUUCUGAACUUAGCUGAACUGAGCCUGUGUAAGGUGCUCACUGCUGUGAUGGAGUAACUCUUUGAGUAGGUAUUCAAAACCUUUCCAAUGCUCUUCCAGCUUCCAGGGUCACUUUACUCUUCUGGAAAGAUGAUUUUGCUUUCAGUUUUACCAAGAUAGUCAUCUUUGGCUUCAGUUCCAUUGUCUUCCUCUCUCUACACUUUACAGCAUUUCUUUAUUCUCAGAAUUUUCUUCAUUGUUUCCUUUCAUUGAUCAUUUUUGCAGAUGUUGCAUCUUCUGGAUUCCAACGGUAAGUCUUUACCUGCAUCUCCCCCUACAUCUUCUGGCCUCAUUAUAAUUUCUCUCUUGGCUGGCUCUGUUCCUGUUUCCUAGAGGGAUGCCUUUGUUUCCUCUAGCCAUCAAACAUGUAGACGCAGUAAAAUCUUGCAAACCCUUAUUCCUUUCUGCCCCCUGGGAACUUUGGGAAAUUCCACAUAUGAUCAGCUUUCUUGUAGGAAGGAGGCGGUCGGGGGCCCCCAUAAGCAUCCUGGGGUAGUCACCCUUUUCCCACCUAUGUGUUCUCAUUGUAAUGUGACCACCUCUUCUGCUUGUAAAACUGUAAUCUGAAGAACCUUAUGGGUCAUUUAAUAGCUCAAAUUCAGUAAUGUCCUCAUCCUAAACCUUUGUUCCCACCUACCUUCCUAAAACUGCACUUUUGGCUUGAAGAACACUGCAUUUCUUCACUCUCCUCUCAUUUCUUGUUAUGUAGAGGCUCCUCUGUGAACUCCCUCUUUUCUUGGUGCUGUGCUUGGUGCUUUUUGUCACAUCUGUACCCUUUCUUUUUGAGACUGGAUCUGAUAAUUGUGGCUAAAUUAUUAGCUCUGUCUUUAUCAUGUCAAAAAUAUUGAAAAAUUAUUGAUUAUAUUCUUUAAGUUCAGAAAAGGUAGCUCAAGUUGAUGAUUUGGAAUUUUGUAUAGUGCAUUGCACAAUGUAUGUAUCACUUUAAAUAUUUGUGCUCAAAUUGGAAAAGUUUUAAGUAAAGCACUCAUUACUUUUACCUGUUUCACUAAGUUAAUGCUAAUCUAAUAUUUUAUUAAUGUCAAAAGUUAACUCUAGCCUUUUCAUCAAUAUAGCUCUUUUGACUCUAUCACAACAGUAGGCUUUGGUGGUUGCAUAGUCUGAUUCUUUUUUUUUUUUUUUAAAGAUUUUAUUUAUUUAUU